ACAUUUCUGUGAACGUUGCGUUGUAGCGACGUAGCAUAGCGGCAUAGCCUUGUUACCGGUCGUGAUGCCCCAAAAGUUCUAGAGUUCCUCGGCUCUGGAGGCGGCGAAAACGCGAGAUGCGUAUAUGCUACACGAUGACUGCAACAAAGGAGGUAGAUGCUAAAGCCCACCCCGUGAAGCAAGUCACGGUGUUCAGGUCUGGUAGAGCGGAGGUAGUCCGUUCAUUCACUCUCGAGCUUGAGGCUGGCGACAAUACGAUCGAGAUCUCUCAUCUCUCCAACUCUAUCGUUAAGAACUCAGUUAGAGUUUCAGGCGUAGGAGGUGCUGCUCGUCUUGCUGAUGUCGUAUGCGCUGUUGCUACUGAGGGCUCCGUGUCCCCUGAAUCCAGUGAUGCACGACAAGCUCUUGAGAAGAAGAGUCAACACCUUCUGGCCCAACAGAAUGUCCUUGUCCAGGAGAUGGACAUUCUGCGUAAUUACGCGAAGUCCCUGGCAGGCGAUAAUAUCCCCGCCAAAGAGAUGUUUAAAUUCCUUGAGGUGUUCAGAGAGAAACAACUGAACACUCUAGACGGAAUUUUGGCAUGUGAAGAGCCUAUCAGCGAAGCGAAGGAUGCUCUGGAAAAGGCGAAGACCAAUGGAAUAAAGGGACGGGCAACUAGCACGGUGACUCUUAGGGUCUAUGCAGAACAAGCUGCCACAAUCACCUUGCGACUAAGAUACGUCGUCAAGAAUGCAGACUGGGAACCUGUAUACGACCUUUACGCUUCCACACAGGACACGAAAUCCGUCAAACUCGACUACCGUGCCCGGGUGACACAAUCUACGGGCGAAGACUGGACAGACACUGAACUCACUCUGAGUACAGCAGCUGCGCUGUCCAAAAAGAUUCAUUCGCUUCCCACUUACAAACUCAGGAACACAUUCACUAGCAUAUUCGCUGGUUCAUCCGGUAACUCGAGGCAGAAUGGAGGAGCAAGCCUCUUUGGUUUUCCAGCCAACUCACAGCCGCCACAAUCAGCAUUCGGUGCACCAGCAGGCAGCACUACUGGCGGCGUGUUAUUUGGAGGUGUUUCGGCUGCACCUGCUGGAGGCUUGUUUGGUAGUGCCUCCAAUACGUCUUCUUUCACCGGUGGCUUAUUUGGCCAGUCAAACACUUCUGCUCAGUCUCCUACACCAAGCGCACCUUUUGCAGAGUCGACUACUCAGCCCGCAGAGAAUGCUAGCUCCACGACAAACUCAGUCCCCCUCUCAGAAAGCGUUGCUAUUAUACGCAAUAGCACAAUAUCCGCUUCAUACCUUGUUCAGGGCACUAUCAAGAUCCCCAGCGAUGGGAAGGAGCAUACAGUCUCCAUCGCUUCUCUUGACCUGGAGGCUGAGGUUACUAGGGUAUCUGUGCCGCGUAUGCGAGCGGACGUCUAUCUGGAAUGCAAGGCGAAGAAUGUCAGCGAAUAUCGCCUUCUUGCAGGGCCCGUUAGCAUCUUCCUAGACGAUGGAUAUGUGUCGACUUCUGCUAUUCCUGAUAUCGGGACUAAUGAGACUAUCGAAUGUGCUUUAGGGGUCGAUCCAUCCAUUCGCGUAACUUAUGAGCGCGUCCCUACGUAUUCUAUCGAACCUCCAAGGGCAUUCGGAAGUCCGCGUAGAUCCGUCACGACCUUCACCACUCGUACCAAAGUGCACAACAAACAUUCGACUCCCAUCAAACGAGUCAUCAUCAGAGAUGCCCUGCCCCUCGGAGACGAGACCAAUAACUUUAAGGUUGUAUUACGCAUACCGGAGGGUCUGGUCGAUGCGUCGGAUAACGAGGAAGUGAAUGUCCGAGAAAGCACUGGUGGUGGGUCAUCCAAGCGCAAGGUGCGAUGGAGCAAGAAAGUGGAUGGAAAGGGCGGAGAGAAGGAGGGGAAAUAUGAAUGGAUCGUUGAUCUUGCCGAGGGAGAAGAAGCCGUCUUGCUUGCAGAGUGGGAUGUUAAAACACCGAUCAACGCAAGUUGGGAAGAGGUUGCGGAACAUGAUUGACGAGUGCAUUUCUAUUCUCUAUAUACCCCUCAUGGACCGGACACUCGACUGCCCAAGUAGUGUUGUACAGUACUGUAAGAUAAGGAGGGCGUUUAUGUAAAUGAGGUUUGUAUACAUGUAGGCGAGGAAAUGAGGGUAUACGACGUAGGUAGCGACAAAGUCCCAUGUAUGUAAAGAGCGAAAUGUGAAAGCUAAACUGAGAACAG